GCAACCCACUGAGCAGACACCGCCGGAGCUGCACCUCCUCCGGCUCCGGGCGAAGGGUCCCCGAGGAGCGGCUCAGCCCCGGGCGCCCUCCCCCUGGGUGCCGGGCGGCGCGAACCCGCAGCGUCGGAGGAGCCCGGCGGGCGGCUUCCCCGCGCCCCACCCGCGCCCCGCGGAGAUGGCUGCGCGCGCGGGGCUCCUGCUGCGCGCCCUGCCGCUGCUGCUGUGGGGCGGCCUGGGCGCCCGGCCCCCGGGGCGCGCGGGCCGGGAGCUGCGCCGGGAGGCGGAGGCAUUUCUGGAGAGGUAUGGCUACCUCAGUGAACAGGCCCCCGGAGCUCCCUCCUCCACAAGACUCAGCAAUGCCAUCAGGGAGUUCCAGUGGGUGUCCCAGCUGCCCAUCAGUGGCGUCCUGGACCCCGCCACCCUCCACCAGAUGACACUGCCCCGCUGUGGGGUGGCGGACACUGACGGCCAGGCAGCCCGGACCGAGCAGGUCAGCGCCCUGUUUGCCGGACGCCGGGCCAAAAUGAGGCGCAAGAAACGCUUUGCAAAGCAAGCUAACCCCAAAGGAAAUGGAGGGCAUUUCCCCUCAGCUGCUGGAGGAUGGCCAUUUCCAGGCAACAAGUGGUACAAGCAGCACCUGUCCUACCGCCUGGUGAACUGGCCGCAGCACCUGCCGGAGCCCGCCGUCCGGGGGGCCGUGCGGGCCGCCUUCCAGCUCUGGAGCAACGUGUCGGCGCUGGAGUUCUGGGAGGCCCCGGCCACAGGUCCCGCUGACAUCCGCCUCACCUUCUACCAGGGGGACCACAACGACGGGCUGAGCAACGCCUUCGACGGCCCAGGGGGCGCCCUGGCGCACGCCUUCCUGCCGCGCCGCGGAGAAGCGCACUUCGACCGGGACGAGCGCUGGUCGCUGAGCCGCCGCCGCGGGCGCAACCUGUUCGUGGUGCUGGCGCACGAGAUCGGCCACACGCUCGGCCUGGCGCACUCGCCCGCGCCGCGCGCGCUCAUGGCGCCCUACUACAAGCGGCUGGGCCGCGACGCGCUGCUCAGCUGGGACGACGUGCUGGCCGUGCAGAGCCUGUAUGGGAAGCCCCAGGGCGGCUCUGUGGCCACCCAGCUCCCCGGAAAGCUGUUCACCGACUUCGAGGCCUGGGACCCCCACAGAUCCCAGGGAAGGCGCUCGGAAACCCAGGGCCCUAAAUACUGCCACUCUCCCUUUGACGCCAUCACUGUAGACCGGCAGCAGCGACUGUACGUUUUCCAAGGGAGCCACUUCUGGGAGGUGGGAGCGGAUGGCAACGUCUCAGGGCCCCACCCGCUACAGGAAAGGUGGGCCGGGCUGCCCCCCAACAUCGAGGCGGCCGCAGUGUCACUGGAGAACGGAGACUUCUUCUUCUUCAAAGGGGGCCCGCUACUAUGUGCUGGCCCCAGGGGGGCUGCAGGUGGAGCCCUACUACCCCCGAGGCCUGCGGGACUGGGGCGGCGUCCCCGAAGAGGUCAGCGGGGCCCUGCCCCAGCCGGACGGCUCCGUCGUCUUCUUCAGGGACGACCGCUACUGGCGCCUGGACCAGCCCACACGGCGGGUGACCGCCUCGGGCCGCUGGGCGGCGGAGCUGCCCUGGAUGGGCUGCUGGCACGUGAACUCGGGGGGUGCCCUGUUCUGAAGGCGCCCCCACCUCAUGGUGAACUUCAGGUGCUCUCAUGGCCAGCCCCAGGGGCAGAGCCUGUCUCGGACGCCUCUCGGAGGCCCUCCCUGCAGAAGGCUCAGCGGAGAAGUUGGUCUGCGUCUGCUCCCCGGAGAACGCGGCACUCGCUGUCUUGGCGCUGUUCCCAGAACGUGGAAGUGGGGCCGGGAUCAAUCCCGGGAGAAGCCAGAAAGGGCCCCAGAGGCCACAGCCUUUUUCACAAGGACUUUCUUCCCUGGGGCGCGGGGAUCCUGCUUUUUCUGCUAACGGCGCGGCUCCUGCCUCCGAGGCAGCGGCACUGGGCAGCCAGGCAGGCCGCAGGGCUCCGCAGAGAGGCUGGGACCACUCUGCAAGACUGUGUGCCUUCCCCGGAGGACCUUCUGGCUCAGUUCUUGGAGGACGGUGUCCUGUUUAACAGAGGCCUGCCUGCAGAGAGCCUGGAUGGGCCGGGUACAAGGGACUCCGGCCCCGAGGCCCUGAGUGGGGUCAGCACUGGGAGCCGGAGGGAGAUGGAUGCAGCCCAGCUUUCUGGGGGAGGCUGGAUAAAGAGGUGCCCACGCUGGUGGGCCUGGAGGCGCCAGUCAGCCUUCUGUGGAAGAGCUUCCAGGGAGGGAGGUGGGCAUGGCUUCUGGUGAGGUGGUGACUGUUCUUCUGACCAAGCCAGGACCAGCAGGCUGUGAGUGUGAGCAUGUGUGUGUGUGUGUGUGUGUGUGUGUGUGUGAGAGAGAGAGAGAGAGAGAGAGAGACAGACAGACAGACACGGGAAGAGGGAGCCUAUCUCUCCUCAAAAAGCUCAAUGUCCUCGCCCCCUCCCCUCACCACUCAGGCCAGAUGGAGAACCACGUGUGGUAGGGGAGGUCAGGCUCUCUGAGGGCCUCACCGUUGGGGUUGGGGUGGGGACUGGGGGUGCUGGGGGCACUGCAGGCUGGGGGAGGCUGGUGCUCCCAGUGGCCACACACACAGCAUUCCAGCAGCUCCUCCUGGCUGGCAGGAAUAGCUGGGAUUCCUCCGGAAGGAGCCAGCUCCCCCAGCUCCUGCCUUCUGCCUCAGCCAGCCUCAGGGCUGCAGCGUCUGGCUCUCAGACCCCCCCCCCCCCCACACACACACACAGACACACACCUGCCGGCGCCUCACGUGCACCCAAUGGACCUCAGCACAGUGACCUCAGCCCUCAGCCAGACCGGCUUCAGGGGGGGAGAACGGCUUGGCCAAGCUCAGCCCUCAGCUUCCCACGGGCAUUCCUGGCCCCGUGCCUUCCUUUUUCCCUCUGUGCAGCGGGAGAGUGACCUCUGACUGCCCUUGGAUGCCUGUGCUGGCUCCGCCCAGGCCUGGGGGCGGCGGAGGCGCCGGCCUGCCUUUCCCCUGGGGCCUGACCUUCUGCAGCAGGGAAGGCGGUCACCGCCGCCGUCCUCACCAGGAGGGCACACCUGGCUCCCGCGCUUUGCUUACAGCUUUAUUGAAUGCUUUUCGGGGAAGAGCAGGCUUCUCGGAGGGCGAGGGAACCCAGAGGCUAUGUCCUCUAGGGGGCGAUGCCGGGAGGACCUGAAAUACCCAAGAGAGGAGCGUGAGGCUCUGCCCGGGGACCAGAGCCAGGUGGCCAGUGGGCACUGGGCGAUGCCAGGGGAGGGGGCCCCAGGGGCGCUAGGGGAGGAACGGAGCUCCGGGUGGCCUUGGGCUCUGCCCUGGGCGGGCGACAGAGGACCUGAGGGGGGCGCUCUGGGAUGUGCUGAGAGCGCUCAGCGCUGGGGACAGGAGGACGUAGCGGGGAGUCGGGGGUCAGGAGAGAAUGGGGGCGGAGGGGCACAGAGGCUCUAAGUGGGGGCGCUCCGGGGACCCCCGCCCCGCCCGAAGCCCGCGCCUCACCCAGGUCCGGGUGCUCCAGAACGCAGUGCGCUACGUAGGCCGGGUUGCUGUGCAGGUCGCUGCAUUUCUUGCAGAAAAGGAUCUCGCAGAGCUCACAACCCCCGCCGCACGGCUGCUGCGGCCGCUGGGUCUGCAGCACGCACGGCUCCUCCUCCAGGGGGGUCCGCCUCCUGCGGUGCGACCGGGCCCCCUGACGCUCGGUGCUCCGCGCCGGCCCCUCCCGCCGGGCCCGGGGCGCCCCCUCACCGGUCCGCCCGGGCCCGGGGCGCCCCCUCACCGGUCGGCCAGCGCCGCGGGGCCGCGCAGCAGGGCCAAGGGCAGCAGCCAGCUCCAGAAGCCGCUGUCCGCGCGCCGCAGCAGCGCCACCUGCUGGGCGCUGGGCUCCUGGCGCAGCGGGCUGUACGACACGGUCUCCCGCUCCUGGGCGCCCUCCGCCUCCCGGGCCUCCGCCUCGCCCUGCGCCGCGCUCUCCGCCGGCUGCCUCCCCUCGUCCUCCUCCUCCGACCCCGACUCCUCCGCCUCCUCCUCCCGGACCCCCGGCUCCUCCGGCUCCUUCUUCCACAAGGGGGUCUUCACACCUGCGGGCGGGGCGGGCGGAGAGGAGGUCGUACCCUGACUGUGCCCACAACCCGACUCUUUCCCCGCACCCUAUCCACCCCUCC